CCUUGCUCGAGAUUUUGGGGCCAGGGCGCUGAUAUAGAUAUACCACAACCUCGUGUGACCGAUCCGUCACACUCGUUUGACCUAGGGCACAGCCUGAGGCGAAUCUCGAGCCUCAGCAACAAGCACACAGCGACUCAGAGACCAGAGCCCCAGAGCUGCACAACUAAUCCGUGCGGACACAACGCUAGAAUAGGAUGGAGCCACGCGACUCGGGCGGCCAGGUCUCCGACGCGAACACCGGCCACGCCUCCGACGCGUCCGCUGAGCUGUCGGAGCUGGAGACGGCCGGGCCGUGGAGAAAGGCCUUCGACGCAUUACGGGCGUCGCUCUGGAUCCGGCGGCCGCGGCCCGUCGUCGAGACGGACGCCGAGUUCCCGUGGCCGCGCGACGCCAUGGCCGCGUACGCGCAAUUGCGACGGACCCAGGCGCCGCCGCGGUGUUCCUUGGACGCGGUUGUGGUGGUGGCGGCGCUGCCGCAGGUCGAGCGCGACGACGGCGCGGCCGUGCGCAGCUUCCUGCGGGACGCGUCGCUGCGCGCGGGCGCGUCCAUCGUAGAGGUGCGCGGCCCCUUCGCCCACGGAAAUGGUAGCGCGGCCUUCGUCGAGACGGGGUCCAACGAGGCCGCGCAAAGUGUAUCAAGAGCGCUCGACGGGUUCCGGGUCCAGGAGCCGGCGCGGUGCACGAUUCGGGCGGCGCCCUACCGGCUGACCACUUCGGUAAAUACGCCGCCGCCACCACAAAGGAUGCCCCAGGUCUCAGCUAUCUUACGAUCGUCGACGGUGUCGAGCUCGGACGAGGGCCCGCCCGUGCCGCGGCGCCAGCGCGUCGAGACGCUGACCGGCGCGCUGGACCGCGCGCGGGGCCCGAGCGCGCCCGUCCUUUCCCAAUUAGAUGGUGAUUUGGAUGCGGCGAUGGCGCAGGGCGAUUCCAAGAGAUGCCGGGAGGUCGAGGCGCGCAUCACGCGCGCGUACUCGGCGAUGCUGGGCGGUCUGCGCCAGCUCUGCGAGUCGGGCCGCGACGACACCGAUGUGGAAAGGGAGCGCGGCGCGCUGGACGCCGUCGAGCGCGCUUUAUUACGAGGCGCGUUCCGCUCGCGCGAUGACGACGAGUCCGACGACGAAGUCGUGCUGCUGCGCGGGGCCCUGAAGGCGGAGCGGCUGCGGGCCGCAGCCCUGGCGAAGGAGGCGCGGGCGCACGCGGUGCGGGCGGCGGCGCUGACGCAGGACGCGCGCGAACGGCGCGAGGUGCUACAGCGGUUCUCGCGGCGCGCGGAGGACCUCACGGCCAUUACGCAGCAGCUGCAAGACCGGUGCGACAGGGCAGAGCGGCGCGCCGACGUCGCGGAGCGGCGAGCAGCGCGCGCGCGGCGACGCACGGGCGCCGACGACGCGCUGCCGCUCGAGAGCGACCGCGCGCUCUACGAGGGGCGCCUCCGGGGCGAGCUUGGCGUCUUCCGAGCGGCCCGCCGGCGGCGGGUUCCGGCACCGGACACGUCUGAGGAUCGCGAGGAGGACGUGUCCGACGACGAGCAGUUUGUCGUCUACCGCUGGGACGGCGACGGCUCCGGGGACGCGUGGACGCGCGUCGGCCGGACGCGGGCGCCCCGCGUCAAGCACCUGCCCGACGAGUACCGGUGCCCGAUCACACUGAACGCCAUGGUCGAUCCUUGUCUCGCGCCCGACGGCCACUCCUACGAGCGGCGGGCCAUCGAGCGCUGGUUCGCGGCCCACGGGACGUCGCCUCUCACAAAUCAGCGACUGGAGUCGACCGAGGUCGUGCCGAACCACGCGCUCCGCAAGGCCAUCGCGCGCUUCCGCGACGAGUGUGACGCGGCCGCGGCGAGCGUCGGCCCGCCGGAGGCCCUGAAGACGGAGUCGGAGUAGCAAGCCAUAGGAGGGCCACGUCGGCCGGUGCCUCGUGCCCUGUGCUCGCCGUCGGGCCGCGAACCCCUCCGACGCCGACGCCGUCGACGCCGUCGUCGUGACCCUGUCGCGCGCCGACACCGCGUACCUCCCGCCGCCGCCACCCGUAAUGUGAUAC